AUGAAUAAGCUCCAGAAGUACUUUGGAGUAUUCCUAGUAGGGCUGUUUAUCAACACCUUACUAGGAAGUACAUCUGUUUCAGCAACUACAGAUGCCGAAAUUGCUUCAAUUGCAUCUCUCCCAAGGGAAAGUUGUAGUCUCGGCUUUUCAUGUCAAGCAACAGCAUCCUGCAGAGGUGGCUCUGUAAUUGGUUUAUGCUCAAAAAAACUUGCAGAUGGUUAUACUUUGAGGUUAAGAGGUAAAAUUCCAGAAUCUUUGAACAUAUUUGCUACUAAAUUUAAUGGAUUCCCAGUUGACCAAACAAAACUUGUUCUUAGAAUUUACGAUGACAACAAAAAACCUUUUAUUGAUAUGAUAAUUACAAAAGAGACUGUCGGAUUUUCUCUCGUUGGUGCACUUGAUACAAUGAAUUUUGUUUCUUCAAAACGUAUCAGUAAAGGUAUCAACUUAGAUACAACUCCAUCUAAUUUCAGAGUUGAAGGAGGAGAUAGUUUUGACAUCUAUCUUUUCUACAGAAACACUUAUUUGACGUUCUUAUUCAAACAUAAGGAUGGAAAAUACUAUGAGGUAGGCAGUCUCUUUAUUGAGAACAAAAUUAUUAGCUCUAUUGCUCCGCUCACUGGGCCAAUGGAUUAUAAUGUUCACUUCGAGCAAAGUAUUGCACUUUCUAUUCCUAGUACUUAUGUUACACCAGUAAUACCUGGAAAUCCAAGUCCCCUAAUAUAUUCAGGUCCAUAUACCAUUCGAAGAGGAACUUAUGUUGUAUAUCCAGGUGGUAGCGUUAUUGAAGAUGGUAUUAAAUUUGUAUUCAAUCAAGGAGAAGUUAGUUCAAACAAAGUAAAGCAUAAAUUUAUUAAAUAUAAUGAAUCAAAAACUCAAGUAACAAUAAGCAUAACCUAUUCUGGUAAUUACAAAUAUAAAUUCAACAUUGUAAAUGACUUCAAAAAAGAAACUCAAAAUGUAGAUUUCGAUGCAUCUUCAUUGAAGAAUAAUCACCUGGGCGCAAAUGGUGCUGAUAUUGUACAUUUGGGUUACCUCUUUACCGAUGGAAAUUUGGUUGUGUGUAUUGGUGACACUUGUUUUGCAUCAACCAAUAUUAGUGGUUCUGAAAUAGGUAAGAUUGAAACCACAGUUUGGUUUACAGGAUCAGUAAUGUUGAGUAUUCCGGAUCAGACCUUAGUGGGUUCUGCAGUCGGUAAAUACAAGUGUAAAGUUGGUGAAACAUCUUGCACUGGUUCUGAAUACAGGUUCAAGAACCCAUUGUCACCAGGACAAAAAUUGGAAAUUGAGGGUCUUUAUAGUCAAGGUGAUUAUUUCAAGGCAUUUGCAUCUACUGCACAAAAAGAGCUCAUAGGUGCAAUUGCAAUGGGUGAUUCUGAUCAUAUGAGGGCAGCAGUAUUUCUUACAAAAAAUUCUGUCUCUUUAAUGAUGUUCUCAGAUAGUGGUAUUGCGACAGAUUCUUGUUCUGUUUACUUAUCAGGAAACAACGUGCUUGACCGAACAAAAGAAAUCAAGUUAAUUAUUGGGCUUUCUAACAGCAAUAAAUUAGGAGUAUCUGGAUAUUUUGGAAACAAUGUAUUGUUAUUGUGUGAAUUAAAUUUAGGAUCUGCCAUAAUUAAUAGAGUCAGACCAGUUAAGGAUAAUUUCCACUCUUCAAGCAGUAAAUUCACACUCUCCAAUGAUUAUCCUGCUCAGGGUUAUGAAGGUAUCAGUGGAGGUAGUUCAACUUCUAGAACACAACAACAGGCUGCAAACUGCUAUUUGGCAACAAACGGUCAGUGUAAUGCAGCUAAAAUCGUUCACAUGGAUGGUUUAGGUUUCGUUAAAGGUACUUAUAUGACGGUUAAAUCUUCAUCAGUUACAUUUCCAUUCACUUUCUACGUAAAGUCAUCUGAUAACAACUCUGAUCAAUUAGCCUUUACAUUUAUUUCUACAGGUAAAUUCAGUAUGAGGAAUGUUAAUACACAAGACAUUUUCUAUACAAAGAUUCCUCCAAGUUGCUUGGAAAGAAUCUUACUUCAAGGUUUAUCUAUACUUCUCUCAUCAGAUCAAUCUAGAUUAUAUGCUUCAAUUUGUGGUUUGGUACUUGGAAGUGUCCCAACGACAUCUUUGAACAAGAAAUUAACAUUCAUUUUCCAUAAUAAUAUGAAGGGAAAUACUGUUGAAGUCUCGACAUUCCCGGUUUAUGGUGGUGGUAGUGUCGCCUUGGACUAUGAGGCAGAGAAGUACUCUGCCUAUUCCAGUAAUAUUAGAAAGGAUGAUGAUUUAUCGUUUGCAUCUCCAUGUGAUGCUAAAAAAGCUAUCUCUACCAGCCUCGGAGAUUGUUCUUCCUUGAUUAAUAUGAGCACGAGUAAAUUAACAAAUGGAUACUCUAUUUUCAUUACAGGUACUGUUGAAAAACCAUCUUCCCAUGUUGAACAAGCCUUUAAUAUUGGUAUUCCUAUUGAGAACACUAUUCAAGUCUUCAAUUUAAAGGCGGAUAAUGGCCGUACUAUAUAUCAGUUUUUCAUCACACAAGAUCAACUAGGUUUAUCAAUCCAUAAUCCUAAUGGAAUUGGAGGAUAUCCUCCUAGUCAUGUAGGUGCAUCUGUUCCACCUAAUGUGAAUCUAGAAGAAGGAGCUAAAUACAAAGUUGGUAUAGGAUUCAAAGAUGCAGCGAUUAAUUUAUUAAUUGAGAAUCCAUAUGGUUCAGGUAAAUUUGCCUUAUUAAGAAGAACUCUUGUUUCUCAAAUUUCAGCAUGGGGUGAAACGAUAUAUAACUGCCAAUUCACUGGAUUUGUACCCAUUAACUCUAUUGUCCCUGAAUUGUUAGUAAAGAGUUCAUACAGUUACUCUCUAAGUAAUAAUCUAAAUGUAUGGUUCCCAGUUUCUAAGGAAUUCUAUGCUUCUAAAACAGGCGAUGACAGUUGUACAUUAAAUGUUUAUGGUGUUUGUACAACUAAAAAAGUUUAUAUGCCAGGUAAUAAACCAGUUAACAAUGACUCUAAGUUCUUUAUUAGACUCUACUCAUUCCAAAAAACUGCAUUUUCAAUCUAUUUCAAAAAAGAAGAUGGUACUGUUGUAGCACAAUUUGACUUUACUUCGUCAUCUACUUUAUGGAAUGGUAAUAUUACAGUAAAAUUCAAAACAGGAUUUGAAGAGUCAACAGAUAGUUAUAAUCUCAAUUUAGGUUCUAGUGAUUUUAUUGUUCACUUUACUGGUAAUGCUAUGGGCUACUAUUUAGGUGGUCAAUGGAGAGUAUUCUUAUCACUUAAGGAUCACAGUAACUUUAAUCAGGUAUCAGUGUCUCAACUAGAUGGCUUUGUUAUAGAAUAUGUCAGAACCACUAAUUCCAAUCCAUCACCUUGGCAAUAUCUUAAAUACGGAUCUACUACGGCAAAAGCAUCCAUGGUAUUGGCUUAUGAUCAAUGUAAUUCACAGACUCCUACAGAAUCUUGGUUCUCUAGAACUGGAGUCUACUAUCCAGGUACUUCAAUAGAGAACCUCUGCUCUACAGCUUUGCAUCCAGAUAAGUUUGCUAUUACUUUCAAAUCACAUUAUCCAACAUAUGUUAAGGAUGAACUAUCAAAGACUUUCCCUAACUUCCCAGGUUUUCUUAAUUCAUUUGUAUUAUUGUACAACGGAUCGGUUGUAUACACUCUGGUUGUAGCUAGGAAAUACAUCUCAUUCUUCAGUUCUUUAUAUUCUGGUGAAGCUGGAUCAUUCUCAAGUUGUUCAUCACAAGUACCAGACGAAAGUGAAUUCCAGCCUGGUAAACAAUAUUAUAUUACAUUUUACGUUGAUGGAACCGAUUUACAUGUUUACUUCCAUAGUUACAUAGUAGGAAAAUCUGCAUUAUUGUGUAAACUCCCAUACAACAGCCACUUUAAUGCUGCAAAAACAUUUGGUCAAGUAUACAUUUCUUCUUCAAAUACUGUUGCAGGUGUAAUUUAUAAUAUUAAAAGAACAUUGUACAAUCCAAGUUUGAACACAAAUUACCUGUAUCCUAUGGGUACUGUAACAUCAAAAAAUGCGAUUUUGUCUUCUGGAAUGCCAUUUUCACCAAAUGAAAGUUUAAGUAUUGAGAUGACAUGUGGUAAGGAUUUAAUUUUCUCUGGUCAAACAGGAAAGCCACAGUUGAAAUUAUCAACAAAUGGUUCUAAAUUCACUUUAGAAAACAUUCCAGGAAAAAUAAAUGCUACUGGUACAUUAAGUGGAGAUUGUGUAUGCUCUACCAAUAAGAAAAUCAUUGUAAACCUUGCAUAUAUUAAUGGCCAAUUCAGAUUGAUUGCCUGCAAGACUUCUGCUGCAUCCAUAUUUACUACUGGAGUUUCAAUCUAUCAAGUUUCUAGUGAGGUGGAAUUGAGGGUAACCUACAGAACUGAUUUACGUUUAGCAGUUGCAAACUCACUCACAUCUUCACAGAUUAUAAAGGUUGAAGAACAGCCAGAUACUUCGAAGGAUGAUGAAAACGCUGCAAUUGCUGAUAAAUACAUCCCAGAAUCAUUCACAAUACAGGCUACAAUGCAUGUUAUUCCAAAAUACACUACAUCUUAA